UUUUUCGGUACGCACUUGACACCACAAUGCUACAACGUGACGGCGUUCUCUGAUAACGACAUACCCAACACGUACCCAGGCUCGACAACAGCAGUAGCAGCCUACAAGCCCUGCAAUUGCCCAGGGUCGUCAGGGAUAGAAGUAGAAGCCCCGGGGCUUCUUUGAACCGCAAGGAUGAAGGUUGCCUUGGACGUGCACAUGUUCCUGCUCGGCGCCGGCGUCCUUCAGCUCAGCCAAGCGUUCGUGCCCCCCCCUUCUCCCGCCCUCAUUGCCCACACCGACGGGUCUUCGGCCCGACAUGCUGCUUGCGGUGCAAGCCGGCCUCGCAGGAGGCGCUCUGCUGGGGUGGCGCAGAUGGCGGCGGGUGAUCAUGACACCAAGUUGAACAAGGGAUUUGGCAUCCUGGAGCUGGCCGGAGGGCUGGUGCCCCAGGGCGGGCUUGUCAAGACCGCGCGAGCAGGGUGGAAGUUCGUGUGGCUCCAGAUGAUGCGAGAGUUGGCCCCUCAGUCUCCAGACGGGGCCUACGUCCGACCGAACUACGGGUUCCGGGGAUGGAUCGGAAGGGGGGCGUUUCCGGUAGAGUCUGGACGGUACCACGUUUACGUCGGGAAUACCUGCCCCUGGUGCCAUCGCGCCGUGCUGGCGGUUGUGCUGAGAGGGCUGUCCCCUGCCGUGACCUUCUCCUACAUGGAUGACAAUCCGGACAAAGCGUCCCGGGGGGGUUGGGCGUUCACGCGGGAUGAGCCUGACCCGGUGUUCGGCUGCAACGACCUCCGUGAGGUUUACGAAACGUGUAGCCCGGGGUUCAAGGGAAGGUGUACGGCUCCAGUGGUGGUGGAUAGGAAGGCCAAGAAGAUCGUCACCAACGAGUCCAGUCACAUCGUGAGGAUGCUUAACGACAUGGCUCUCGCCGAGAAGGGCACGGGGGGGGCUCGGUCGGGCGCGGGAAACGGCGUCGUGGGGGUGGACUUGUGUCCGGCCUCGUUGGAGAAGGAGAUCGACGAAAUGAACGACUUCGUUUACGAAAAGAUAAACAACGGCGUGUACCGGGCAGGGUUUUCCACGUCGCAGGCGGCAUACGAAAAGGCUUGCAGGGACGUGUUCGAAGGCCUGACGAAGUGCGAGGAAAUCCUGUCUAAGAAUAGGUUCCUGUUGGGCGACAAGUUCACAGAGGCAGAUCUCCGGCUCAUCCCCACCGCGGUGCGGUUCGACGCGGUGUACGCCACCCUUUUCAAGUGCUCCAACAAGCGAUGGCGCGACUACCCGGCGUUGAACGCGUGGCUGAGAGACGUUUAUCAGCUCUCGGGUGUGGCGGAAACGAUCGAUAUCGACGGCUGUCGUCUCUCCUACUUCGCGCAACUCUUCCCCCUUAAUCCAGGGGGCAUCGUACCAAUUGGGCCCAGCGUUGAAGACCUGGGCCUCGAUGAGCCAGCAGGAAGGGGUUCUCAAGACCGCAGCGUGGUGUUCUGGUCGAAGGAGCACAUGCCGCCCGUCCCGGCACAUUUCGGACACGACGGGUAGCCUCGGCGUCACAGUCAGUAGUACAGCAGUAGAAUCGUGAACGUGACGUCCUAUAGUGCGGUGCUGUGCCAGCAUGGAAAACAUGGCAAUGGUGGUCGGGUGUCAGGAAAAUGUGGCCCUGAUCAGCUCACACCGUGAUUUGCAAGCUCAUGCUGUGGGUUGACUUUUAUAGUGUUGCGGCAGUCAUUUUUUCCCUAGAGGAGAUCGUUGUGUGAAGGCCCGGUCUGUUUCUUUUGUGAACGAGAGGCUGAUUCGAAAUGGCCAGGCGAUGCUGUUGUUUGUAGCU